GAGGAAAGUUCACGAGUUAAGAAAAGAGCCUCUAAAGGGUGAUUUCAUGCUGGAACAACGGCGUACCGAAGGUAGGAUUAAACACACGGUAACCACUCUUUAACGGCGUAGGAAUAAAUCUGAGGCGUCGUUUCUAAUUUAUUCAUGCUCUUUACGCGUAGAAAUGAGAAGACGGAGGAUGCACUAUUUGUCAGGACAAUGUUUCGCUUUCUUUUUUACGUUACAAAACCAGGGCUUUCGUGACACAUCUCGCAUGGAUUUUGCGCAGGAUUACUGCUCUUUCUUCGCACUGCUAUUUGCAAACAUGAAGCGAUGGAGAGUGUGGAUCUCAGAACCACCGAGGAUUAUAUUUAUUUCCGGAGGAUCUGAAUUUCGGAUAUCACUAGCCUGAAAGGAAUUACCCGUAAACUACUUUCCAAACGUGCGCAACGCAAAUCAAACUCUCGGUAUUCCUGUUAAACUCACGACUAACUCUGCUUCUUCAGAAUUUUCCCCCCAACGAUUUUUGCAUUUGUAAAAAGAAAAGGAGCCCUAUUUAAAACGCAGUGGAUUCAAAAACGGGUUCAAUAUUAUAGUGGAAGUAGCCUAGUAUUGUGGAAGUUGGCGAUCGCACGCACAGACACCGGUCUUGCCGCGGACGGCCAGCUGUCAGAGAAAGCCCAAGCAUGCGGACACGCUGCGGACUCAUGUCAGCGGUGGCGGCAUAAUGGCCUGUCGCAGUGCCUGCUCUUGUGGAUUGGGUCCGCUAAACGAAGACAACGCAAGGUUCCUCCUGCUGGCUUUGCUCAUUAUCCUGUACCUUCUGUGCGGAGCCGCUGUCUUUUCAGCACUUGAGCAGCCCAAAGAGAAACAGGCCAAGGAGAAGUGGGCGCAGCGCUUUGAGCAUUUUACUUCAAAGCACAACCUGAGCAGAGGCGACCUGGAGAAGUUCCUGAGGUUCUACGAGGAGGCCAACCUGGCAGGGGUGCGGGUGGACGCGCUCCGACCGCGCUGGGACUUCACCGGAGCUUUCUACUUCGUGGGAACCGUGGUCUCCACUAUCGGCUUCGGCAUGACAACCCCCGCCACCGUCGGAGGAAAGAUCUUCCUCAUCUUCUAUGGGCUCAUUGGUUGUGCGGCCACCAUCCUCUUCUUCAACCUGUUCCUGGAGCGUCUCAUCACGGUGCUGGCCCUGGUUCUGAAGGCCUGCUACCAGAUGCGGAGUAAGGACGGCGAGCCGACCAGGGGUGGUCCGGCGGGGUGGAAGCCCUCGGUCUACUGUGUCAUGCUCAUCCUCUGCCUGGGGGCGGUGCUGAUUUCCUGCUGCGCCUCCGCCAUGUUUGCCGCCAUCGAGGGCUGGAGCUACAUGGACUCCCUCUACUUCUGCUUCGUGGCCUUCAGCACCAUCGGCUUUGGGGACCUGGUGAGCAGCCAACGGCCGCUCUAUCAGCACCAGUCCGCUUACCGACUGGGCAACUUCCUCUUCAUCCUCGCCGGCGUCUGCUGCAUCUACUCGCUCUUCAACGUCAUCUCUAUCGUCAUCAAGCAGGUGCUCAACUGGAUCCUGCGCGCCCUGCGGCGGCCAUGCGGCGGCGCCCGCUGCUGCCCUGGCAACGGCUUUCGCAGACGGCGGAACCUGGUGGUGCCGAGUCAGCCUCGUGGCCGCCGCGACCUCUCCGUUGAGACGGACGCAGCCAAUGAGAGCGAUCUGGAUGGCCGGCGGAUGUCAGGGGAGAUGAUCUCCAUGAGGGACUUCCUGGUGGCCAACAAGGUGUCCCUGGCCAUCAUGCAGAAGCACCUGUCGGAGGCGGCUAAUGGUCACCAGGCCCAGUCUUCGUCCACUGAGCAAAACGAUGGCUUCUCCAGGGGGGUGGGUGCCCUGGCCAUCAUGAAUAACAGGCUAGUGGAAACCAGUGAGGACAGAUGAGCUUGGGACAUGGCUGUGGGCAACAAGAUCUGAGGGCUUAGGGCAGCUUGGGGGUCAUGUGAUUCAGGUGUUGCACUAAUAGCAGUGAAGCCACAGGCUGUACACAGGGGGCCAUAUGUUCAGAUUUGACUAACUGAGCACCUGGCUUUUUGGUUCGUCACUGCCGGACUUCUGUCUCUAAGGGUUCAUGUUGUUUACAGACUGAACACCCCAGGGGAGUUCAGACUUUCAGCUGUAUUUACACGAAAAAUGUCUGUUUACAUGAAAAUGCAGGAGGCUGUAGAAAUUAGGCAUCAACUGUGCUCGAGGUCACCAUACACGGUGAAAAAUUAUUCUCAGAAAGACGGCGACCUUUUCUACCAACAACCAAACAGAAUCCGUCCUGUAUAAUUAACAGAUUGCUCUAUUAAUCAGGCUCUUUCCCACUAU